CAGAGAUUGGAAACACAUCCAUUCCGCCCUGUUUGUUUCUAGACGUAUUUAUUAGAACCGUGUGACUUUACCAUGGCAGAAUCCUCCGGGCCGACGGCAGGGGGAGGAGCCACCUCCAGCACAGUAACCACCGAGAGCGACACGCAACCGGAACACCGCUCUCUGACACUGAAGCUGCGAAAGAGAAAGCCUGAUAAGAAGGUGGAGUGGACUUGUGACACAGUGGACAAUGAAAACCUUGGUAGACGAUCAUCCAAGUGCUGCUGUAUCUAUGAGAAGCCAAGACCAUUUGGAGAGAGUUCAUCUGAAAGUGAGGAUGAGGAUGAUUGCUGCGAGAGUGCUCACUGUAUCCGUGGCCAUAAAAAGGCAACAUCUGGAUCCAAAGAGACACCCUCUUCACAUCAUGACAAAACUGGCAGCAUGCAACACUAAUGCAGAAAAGAGAGUGAGACAAGGCUUCUUUGCAGUUAGUGAUGCCAAGAAGGUUGAUGUCUCUCGCACCAUGUAACAAGCUCUUUUGGUUAUGGAGAGAACAACAAACAUUAUAGUACUGUCUUUGUAUUGGGCUAGCAUGAACUGAGAGUGACUGUCUCUGCUGCCCCUGUACUAAAAUGACUCUAAAUUAGUAAAUGGGGAGAGUUUGAGUCUAGAAAGAGUUGCAAUGCUUUCUCUAAAUUACCAUAGAGAGUGCUGCAGAGAAGAGGAGACUAUGGCUUGCUUGUUUACAGAACAACUAUUGACAAUAUAUAUUAGCAAUGCCCAUCCAUCAGCCUUCCUCCUGUUAAACUACACUUUUCAGUAAUUCUGUGCAGCUGAAAGGCCUGUAGUUCAACAGCAGCAGGAACCCCAAAGGUUUUCCAUCCCUAUCUAUCUAUCUAUCUAUCUAUCUAUCUAUCUAUCUAUAUAUCCAUCUAUCUAUCAUCUAUCUAUCAUCUUUUGUGCAAGUCCCUCUCUUCCUAGGUGCCUCUGUGCCAUUUUUCUUUUGCUGGAUUUCAUUGACUCACUGAAUGUAUGGGCUUUUCUAACUUGUCAAUUCAGUUUAAACUAAUGUACCCUCAUGAAUGUAUCUGGAAAGAAAAUGAAUGUCCCCUACAAAUUUAAGUAAUCCUGAUGACAGCUUGUGAAACAUGAUAUAAAAGAUAUAUUUGAAUAUAAAUAGUCUGCCUGGAAAGCCUGUUGUAGUGACAAUUGUCUGAUUAUGUAUUGCAACAUGUUGCGCUAUAAAGUUAUUCUAUUAUGCCAGUAACAACUUUGUGUUUCUUAUACUGCCUAUGGCAAGCUAUUAUUAUUAUUAUGGUCCUUCUUUUAUUAUCGCCUAAAACAGUCUCUUUUUGUUUAAGCUCUUUCUGCAUGCACUUUCUACACACCGGAUUAAGAUGGUCUUGAAACUCAUUUUAUUAAGCAUUUUGUGUUACAAACUCUCAGUACACCUUUUAUUGAGUUUUUCUAUAGAGAUGUUCUUUAUUAUGUAUAUUGUGCUUUAUUUUUCUUUUUGAAAUUAAAUAUUUUUGUUUGAUAUACUUGAA